AUGGAUCAGUACGAUAUCCUGGGUAGAAUUGGAGAAGGUGCUCAUGGAAUUGUACUCGAGGCCAAACACAUUGAAAGCGGUGAAUUAGUCGCGCUGAAGAAAGUCCCGUUGAGGAAAUUGGUUGACGGAAUACCGAAUACUGCCCUGAGGGAAAUCAAGGCUUUACAGUUUAUUGGAUCCAGCCCAUAUGUGGUACGACUGCGUGAAGUGUUCCCACACGGGACUGGUUUUGUACUUGUGUUUGAUUACAUGCUUACCGAUUUGAGUGAGGUGAUUCGUAACUCGGAUUGUCCAUUGACUGCCUCGCACAUCAAAAGUUAUAUGAUCAUGCUUUUGUCUGGGGUCGAAGUCAUGCAUCAAAAUGGGAUCAUGCAUCGUGUAAGCACUGAGCAUUCGAAUACACGUGGCCUAACAAAGUGCUUUAUCCUAGGAUUUGAAGCCGGCCAAUUUGCUGAUCAGUUCUAA